AUUUCGAUUGCGCAUCACUACUAAUAUCAUCACAAGAGAAAAUAUCAAAAACGUGUCGGCGCUAAUAAUGUAACAUAUUACAAUAUUUUAUUGUUAUAAUUAGUUUUUCAAAAUCAACCAUAAAUUUAAAUCCGUCUUUAAACAACUUGAGUAAUUAUAAAUAAGUUUUAUUUAAAAUUAAAUAUCCAUUACCCAGCUAUAACAAUUGAUAAAUAAAUUAUACCGAUAAUAAUUAUCAUCAUCAUCAUCAUCAUCAUCAUCAGAGAUUCAUAGACUUUCAAAUAGUGUCGUCAGUUGAAUUUAUUGAGUAACCUCUAUUAAAUAAUUAUAAAUAAAUAUUUAUUUCAAUUAUUUAAACAGACUAAGUGAUCGUAUUCUUCAAAAUCAGUGAUAAAAGAAUUAUAUGUUAUAAUAUUAAUUAAAUUAAUAAUUUAAUUGAAUUGAGUGCUAGGUGUUAAAUUUGAAAAAAAUAUAGAAAUUUUUAAUUUAAUCAAAAAUUGAAAUAAAAGAAGAAUUAAUAUAAAAAAACAACGUUUUAUAUCAUUUAAUAAAAUUGUAAAAUAGAAAUGGCGGCGCUGGUGGCAGGUGUCCAGUAUGGUUUGUCAUCGCAAAGUCAUUUUUAUGAAAAUAAAUCAUUAAUAUUUGUUAAAUUAACUGAUUCAGCUCAACGUGCUAUUGAGGAUUUUUUAAAAAAUCGGAAUAAAACAAAUCAAAGACCGACUAUCCAAUUUCUUGAUAAUGAAGGACGGCUGUCAUUUCCAUCACCGCAAUCUAAUCAUGGAUCCGUUGAUUUUACGUUUAGCUUAUCAGACGGUCAUGAUGUUGAAGGUCCUCAAGGUGCUUUUGAAUGUAUACAGCAAACAAAUCCAAAUAAUUUGGAGAGUUUGGGAACAAUGCCAUAUAAAAUGCGAAUUCACGCAAAUGAAGACGUUUAUGAGACAACAAGGCAUCGAAUGGCAGUCGCCGAAGAAAAUAAUAAAAACAAGUGCACCAGGGUAAUAAAACCAAAUGGACCAGAUAUCGGUCGAAAAGUUAAGGUGAAAGCAACCGGAAAGACAAUACCGCCACCGUCAAAUGUCAGGCAUAACAAUCAUCAUCGUGAUACGAGCAUUCCAAAUUCCACUAGUAGACCUGUUAAAAAUUCCAUUAUUAAUUCUUUAUCUUCCGCUACGUUAUCUUCCCAACAACCAUCGACAACAACAUCAUCAUCAUCAUCAUCAUCAUCAUCACCAUCAUUUUUAUCAGCAACAUUAACGACAACGACGACAACCUCAUCAUCAACAUUGUCCACUUUAUCAUCAUCACCAUCAUUACCAUCACGAUUUUAUAAAUUAUCAGCAACCAGCAAUACAUCAUCAGUUCGUUCUCAGCCUGACAAAAAAUUAUCAGAUCUUCAAAGAAGACCUUUGAGAGACAGACUCAUCCAUAUACUUGCUUUGAGGCCUUACAAGAAGCCUGAGCUCUAUGAGCGUUUGAAUCGAGAGGGUCUAAAGGAACGCGAUAAAAAAGAAAUGGCUAUUUUAUUACGUUCUUUGGCGUCAAUGCGUAACAAUACGUAUCAUUUAGUGAGGCAUGUGUGGAAUGAAGUACAAGAAGACUGGCCAUUUUAUAGUGAACAGGAUCGCGCUAUGUUAAAGAGACGUAAGCCACAAAAUUUAACGCCACCUGGUUCUAGUGAUGGUGGAUCAAGUGGAAGUGGACAAUCACCAAAUUCAACCCAUCCCGGUUCACCUCCAGCAAUAACAGCACCACCAUCAAAUUUUAUGAAUUGCAAACGUCCUGGUUAUUACCAAGGUAGUGACGGAAUUCAAACUAAAAGACCGCGAAUUUCUCAUUACCGUAAACCCGAACCGACAACACGGACACCGUCUUCAACUAAUAGUAAUACUGCUAAUGUAAAUAUUGCAUCAAAUGUUAGUGUUAAUGUCCCGAACGGCAGUAAUUUACCUAAUAAUAAUAAUAAUAAUAAUAAUAUUAAUAAUGAUGUAAAUAAUUGGAAUGAACAACGACAACAAUCAAGUGAACGUGAUAUUAAUUAUCAUCGAUCUGAAAGAACAUCUAACAGUGAUGUGCUACGUGGUAACAAUAAUGUUUAUCAAUUAAACAAUAGUACUAGUAAUAAUAAUAAUAAUAAUAAUAUUAAUAAUAAUAAUAAUAAUAAUCAUAAUAAUAAUAGUAAAUCAUGUUUCACACCAAAUCGAGACCGUGAUCGUGAUCGUGAACGUGAUCGGGAUCGAGAUCGAGAACGUGAACGUGAUGAUUUAAAUAGCAAUAGUAAUCGUACUGCCUCAAUAGCUACAACAUCAUCAACACUAUCACCAACAAUAAUAAAUAAUAGUUCAGCUACUGAUAGGAAUGAUGCUGGUAGUAAUAGUGGAAAUAUUAGUGAUUAUAGUAAUCGUGAUCGUGAAAGACGAGAUAGAGAUAAAGACAGAGAAAAAGAAAAAGAAAAAGAAAGAGAAAAAGAAAGAGAAAGAGAAGAAGUGAGAAGAGAUAAAGAAAAAGAAAAAGGAAAAGAAGAAGAAAUAGAAAAGGAAAGGGAGAGAGAGAGGGUGGAAAAAGUUGAGAGGAUUGAAAGAGUUAAUAGUAACAAGCAGGAAAGAGAAAAGAAGAUUAAGGAAAAUAGUGAUAAUUGGAAUGGUAUUGCUUCUAAUAGUAAUAUUAACGCAAGUACUGCAAGAGGUGCGACUGGAGGAAUUGUUAAAAAUCAUGAGAUUAAUGAAAAUAAUGCUGAUAAUGAAAUUCCUGACUACCUUACGCAAUAUAAAACUGUAAGAAAUAUGGAAGAAAGAAGAAGAUAUAAAGCUGAUUAUUUAGCAGGCAAGGAAGAAUAUGAAGAAAUAUAUCACAGAAAGUUAAUAAGGGCGAGGCAUUUUGUUCGGUUACGAGAUUUAAGAAAACGUGAACUUGAGCUUGGAAACUACGAAAGAUAUGAGGCACUUUGUACCCAGAUAAAAGCUGAUUACGACGCCAUUAAAUAUGAUCCACGUGAAAUCGAAAAUGAGGAACGCUAUUUAUAUUUAUACAAUAAAUUAAACUAUAUCAAAGGAUUGAUUGACGAGUAUGACCGUAAAUAUUCAUCAGAUAUUGAUAAUCAAACUUCAAUUACACAUACGAAUACAAACAACAACAACAACAAUAAUAACAACGACAACAACAACAAUAGCAACAAUAACAGUGAAACCAGUGUGAGUAUUACUGAACUACGAUACUGACACAAGCUUAAAUGCCUGUUAUUCGUCACUAAUUGUUAUUACUAUUAUUGUUAUUACUAUUACUAUUAUUAUUAUUAUUAUUAUUAUUAUUAUUAUUAUUAUUGUUAUUAUUAUUAUUAUUAUUAUUAUUAUUAUUAUUAUUAUUAUUAUUAUUAUUAUUAUUAUUAUUAUUAUUAUUAUUAUUACUCUUAUUAUUAUUAUUAUUAUCAUUAUUAUUAUUAUAUUGCUAUACCGGUUGUAAACAAUAUCGUUAACGUUAUUGCUGAUAUGCAUUUAAAAAAAAAUGUAUUAUUCAAUUCAAUUAAAAUGUAAUUAUCACUAUUAUAGUUAUAAUUUGUUACUCAGACGUUAGUUGGUGAUGCCAUUUUACAUUUAAACAUUUUCCUAAUAAUAAUAAUAACAAUAAUGAUGAUAAUAUUUUAAUUAUUAAUUAUAAUUACACGCACGAAAUAACUAAUGGGCUUGCAAUUAAUUAAAAAAAAAAAUUUUUACAUAGGGUUGUAAAGAAUAUUUAAAGAAUUGGUUAAUUUCAAAGUUAUUAAAUAUUUUUAAAGUUGAAUUCCAUCCGUGGAAUCGCGUCCAAGACUGUCUAUAAAUACAAAAUUUAAAAAAAAGUUAUAUGAUUGAUUUGAUAUUUUUAAAAAAAUAAAAUUCAAUAUGAAUACUCGAGAUUUAUAAUUAUUAAUUUUAUUCUCAAUGUAUAUUAAUAAUUCAAUUAACGUCCACGUCGUCCAUUUCAUUAAUUAAUUAUUUGCAGAACGAAAUUCAGUUUGUGCAUCGUGUAUUUCAUAUCAAUUAUCAAUCAAAUGAAAAAUCUAAUUAAAAUAAUUUAAUCCAUCAAAAAAUUAUGAAAAAUUUUUCUUUGAAUUUAUUUGUAACUAAAUAAAGCAAUGACGCUACUGAGUCUUGUAUAUUUCAUUAGUAACAUUAUUUUAUUAACUAAUUAAUAUUAAUAUGAAUUAAAUAUUGACAAUUAUUUAUAAUUCUAAAAAUAAUAAUAAUAAAAUUUUUCUUUAUUUUGAUAAAAGAUUAAAUUUUGUGUGGAUUGAGAACCUACAUGCUGAGGUUUUGAAUUCUGGAAGAAUUGAUUUUUGGAAUUUGAAAUUUUGUUUUUUUUUUUACAAAUAGUAGGUUGUGAGUAUCCUUUCGAGAGGAAAUUUAGUUUUGUACCGGUUCUAAGUGAUCAUUUUGUCUAAGAAAAAUUUCUUUUUAUCUCCUAUUCUUUAUUGAAAAUUACUUGAAGCUUUUUUUUAUCCGGUCACGGUCAAUAUUUUUCAAAUAUUAAGUAUACAAUAUGUAGAGAACUAAAUUUCCUGUUAAAUAAGUACCUACAUGCCGAGGUUUCAAAUUUCAAAAAAUUAAAAUUUUGAAUUAAAAAAAAUUUUUUUUUCCAUUUGAAUAGUAGGUUGAAGGUACUCAAUUUAAUGGAAAUUCAAUAUUCUAUCAAUAUAUCAUAAUUACUUUUAUUUUUUAUCCGUAAUCAAAGUGAAACUGUACAUAAUUUCUAAGAUCCUUAAAAACUUAAUUAUAAUCAAUAAUCUUUCAAUAAUUUAUAAAUGUCGCUAUAAUUAAUAAAUUGAAGAUUGUUAAGAAAUAUCGAUCAGCUUCCGCGUAGUGCCAAAAUUUAUUAUUAUUAUUUUUAAAAUUUAUCAUUAAUAAUCAUAUUUUUUAAUUUCUAGAAAAAUAUUCUAAACUUUUUUUGUUUUUAUUAACUAUUUUUCAAUGCCAUAAAUUACUAUUGCAUUUCAAAAAUGAAAAAAUUAAUUUUUAUUUAAGAAUUAAGUUUUUAUUGUUUUAAAGAAAGUUAUGUUAUUAUUAAAAUUAUAAUCAGCCAAUCAGCAGAAAAAUCGGCAGCCAUUUCGUAAAAGUUAUCAAAUUGAAAAAUACAAAAAAAAAAAAACAA